CCCAUGUGGGUUUUUUUAUGACAUCCUCAAAUCAUUUUUAUCUCAGGAUCUUCAGCUGGAAAACUUUGGUUUUCUAAGUGCCUCGGGCAUCAAGUUGUUUUAAAUUUUUUGCGAGGUAAGCCACCUAGUAUGAAACGAGAGACACAUAUUCUGGUACUUUCAAGUACGGACUAUCCGAAUCCGCUUUCAAAAGUUUGGGCCUCACAAAGGAUCUCUGGAAAAGUCACAUGGGUUCUCUAGAAAACCUUUAAAUAUUUUGAAUUUUUUUUUAAUUGCGAAGUUAGAAAGAGCGCAAAAUUCUGAACAAAAUGAUGUAUCACUAGACCGUUUCCAUAUAUACUAGUAAAGUUACAAUUGCUGGGAUUUUACAGUUAAAACAUCUGAGCUUUAAAGCCUCCUUUUUGUAUUACUGUUUUUUCGUGUUCAGUACUAACCGAUAAAAGGCUGAGUGAUACAUCGUUUUACCCAGAACUUGGUGCGCUAUUCACCUAUGUAGGUUAAAAGAUUAUAAAUUUUUUUCGGAAAGUUGGAGGAUUUUUCAGAGAUCCUUGCAACUUCGCAUGGUUUUGAAGAGGGUUCGGGGGUUUUCCGACCUAAAAACCAAGAUGGAGGAUUUGGGUUAAGCAUCAUUUCCAGUUUUCAGUUAUCAGGGUUGUCCGAUCUAAAAAGCGAGAUGAAGGCCUUUGAAAUAUGGUAAAUAUUAGCUACGGAUAUAAGCUACUCAUGUUAAACAGAGCUUCUCUCUAUCGCUAGUAUUCAUGAAAUUAUAUUGUUUUUAAUUAUUAUUUUACUUUCUUAGACCUAAGAUUUUCGUCGAGAUACCUCCGAAGAACCAUUCAUAACUCAAGAACCCGAGGUACACUAAAGCUAACGGCUUGGUUUUGCCCGAUUUUACCAUGCGCUCGAAAACGAACUUGAUUUAAGACAUCAUCUGACCAUCACCUGUUGGGGCUCUCGGGCAGUGAAUCCUAGGAGUAGAAUCAUCAGAAAUAUUUUUCUGUUGGUGUGCUGUGUCACAAAAUUGUCCUAAAAGCAAAAGUGCACAUUUCGUAAUCAGAAAAUGCUUUCGCAAAAUUUUAGCUCUAGUCAAGAGACCAAGGCAAAAUAUUUUUUAUUUGGGAAAACUGCCAAUCAAGUUUGAAAUAUGGAUCCUUUUGCUUCAAUCUGAUAUUUUGUUCGUGAAAAAUUCGUUUUAUUCUAUGAUGUUUUGGGGAUUUUAAUGUUACUGCUAUAUUUGUUUUUAAAAUUUCACGAUGUUUCGAAACUUAUUCGUUCUUGAGUUUUUGCUUCGAUUUUGUAGAUAAGUCAAAGCGGUAACUACACAUAGAUAGAGUUUCACCCGAACCUGUUUUCUGGAUAAAAGUCGGCUUUGCACGAGCUUCUAUCGUUCUAAAAGAUCGGAUAAUUUUGGAAAACGAUAUUCCGUAUAAAAAUCUGACCUUCAAGAAGCCUCAGUUUUUACGUAUAAUCGAAUGUACACAAAAAAAUACACCUUAAUUUUGACCAUGUGAUGGCAGUAUGGUUUAAUGGUGGAUUGCCUAGCAAAACCUCUCUUUAAAGCAAUUUUAUUAUUGGAUGGAGAACUGGAACCACCUUUUUUAUUUUAGGGAGAUGUCAUUUCGAAGUUAUCACAACUGGAUUACUUUCCUAACUUAAAAAUUUUACAUAUUCCAUUUACUUUAGUUACAUCAACAAUACCUACUGGAUUCAAUACACAUCUAACAUCAUUGAAAUUACAGAGGUGUAGUAUAAAUAACUUUUAUAUUUUACUUCAACAUUUACCGAUGUUAAAAUCAUUUACAUUUGAAGAAACAUUGGAAGAAAAUGAAAUUUUAAUAUCUUCAUCAGAUCAACAUUUGAGUUUAAUUGAAUUAAACUUUAUCAUUCAUUAUUUAUCGUUUAAAGGAUUAAAAAAUAUAUUAUUAUAUAAAUUACCGAAACUAGAAAAAUUCACAAUUUCUACGGAUGGUUUAUCUUGUGUAGAAAAAAACUUUAUACUAUUAAAGCACUGGUAUGAAUUAUUAAAUGAUCAUCGGUCAUUAAACAAAUUUCAGUGUGAUAUAUCUGUAAUAUUCUUAGUAGAGUAUAAAUAUAGAAUGACAAUUGAAGAACAAGAACAACAAUUAAAUAUAUUAGUAAAUAAUAAGUAUUCAAUUAAAUGUGAAUACUAUAAUGACAGUGUAUGUCGUCGUUUAUACACGGAAUAA